AUGCUCCGGGUCUUCAUCCUCCGGGCCGAGAACGUGCGCACCGAGGAUGCGGACAUCAGCGAUGCCUACUGCGCAGCCGCGUUCGGGGGGGUCAAGAAGAGAACUAAAGUCAUCAAGAACAAUAUCAACCCUGUAUGGAACGAGGGCUUCGAGUGGGACCUGAAGGGAGCUCCCCUGGAUGCUGGUGCUGAGCUCACCAUCGUUGUGAAGGACCAUGAGACCAUGGGGAGGAACAGGUUCCUGGGGGAAGCGCGGGUGCCCCUACGGGAUGUGCUCAGCUCCCCCAGCCUGGCUGCAUCCUACAACCUGCCCCUUAUGGACACCAGGAAACAGGCGACGGGGGCUUUCCUCCUGCUGCAGGUCUCCUACAUCCCCCCUCCAGGAUCUCCUCCCCUCUUUCCUCCCCCUGCUCCCCCUGAGCCAUCUCCGGCUGCUGCUGAGUCUGACUCGGUCCCUGAGACAACCGGAGAGGAGGAAACAGAGGAUCAAGGAGCUACAGGGGAUGAGAUGGAGCCUUCCUCAUCCUCGGGGCCACCCGGCUCCGAGCCCCCCUCGCUGCCCCAUAAGCCCCCAGUGCCCCAUGUGCAUGGGGUGAAGAGGAGGAGGAGCUCAUCCAAAAAGCCCCUGUCCAACAAGCCCCAGGACUUCCAGAUCAGGGUGAGGAUCAUCGAGGGCCGGCAGCUCCCGGGGGUCAACAUCAGGCCCGUGGUGAAGGUGACGGCUAUGGGGCAGACCAAGAGGACGCGGAUCCGCAAAGGAAACAGCCCCUUCUUUGAUGAGACCUUCUUCUUCAAUGUCUUCGAGUCACCCUCCGAGCUGUUUGAUGCCCCCAUCUUCAUCACGGUUGUGGACUCCCGAUCGUUCCGGACGGAUUCGGUGAUCGGGGAAUUCCGGAUGGACAUCGAGACCGUUUACUCCGAGCCAAAACACGCUUUCCUUAGGAAGUGGCUGCUCCUCUCCGACCCCGAGGACUUCUCCGCGGGGGCCAAGGGCUACCUGAAGGUCAGCAUCUUCGUGCUGGGGCCUGGAGAUGAGGCUCCGCUGGAGAAGAAGGAGGUGUCUGAGGACAAGGAGGACAUCGAGGGCAACCUCCUGCGCCCCACUGGGGUCACCCUGCGAGGAGCCCACUUCUGCCUCAAGAUCUUCAAAGCUGAGGACUUGCCCCAGAUGGAUGAUGCCGUCAUGGACAACGUCAGGCAGAUCUUUGGCUUUGAGAGCAACAAGAAGAACCUGGUGGAUCCCUUUGUGGAAGUCAGCUUUGCAGGGAAGACACUCCACUCGAGGAUCCUGGAGAAGAACGCCAACCCCCAGUGGAACCAGUGCCUGACCCUGCCGGCGAUGUUCCCUUCCAUGUGCGAGAAGAUGAGGAUCCGGGUGACCGACUGGGACCGUCUGACCCACAACGAUGUCAUUGGCACUGCUCACCUCUGCAUGUCCAAGAUCUCGGCCCCCGGUGGGGAGCUGGAGGAUGAGUUUCCUGCUCCCUCGAAGCCUCUGAAAGCCUCAGACCUGGACGACGGCCUCGGGUUCCUGCCAACAUUUGGUCCCUGCUACAUCAACCUCUAUGGCAGCCCUCGGGAGUUCACCGGCUUCCCUGACCCUUAUGAGACGCUCAACCUGGGCAAGGGUGAGGGUGUUGCGUACCGCGGCAGGAUGCUGGUGGAGCUGGAGACCAAACUGGUGGAGCACGUGGAGCAGAAGGUGGAGGACAUCACUGCGGAUGACAUCCUCCGUGUGGAGAAGUACCUUCGCCGCCGCAAGUACUCCCUGUUCGCUGCCUUCUACUCGGCCACGAUGCUGCAGGACGUGGAUGAUGCCAUCCAGUUCGAGGUCAGCAUCGGCAACUAUGGCAACAAGUUCGACACCACGUGCCUGCCCCUGGCCUCCACCACGCAGUACAGCCGCGCUGUGUUCGAUGGCUGUCAGUAUUACUACCUGCCCUGGGGCAAUGUGAAGCCCGUGGUGGUGCUGUCGUCAUACUGGGAGGACAUCAGCCACCGGACCGAUGCCCAGAACCUGCUCCACCAUGCAGCAGACAGGCUGGAAGCAAACCUGGAGAAGAUCCACCUUGCUCUCAAGGCCAACAGCUCACCAGGUGAGCUGGAUGCUCUGUGUGCCCAGCUGCUGGAUGACACCAUUGCUGACUGCAGCCUGACCCUGCCGGAUGUCCUGGCUAAGCCAGCCAGCACCCACCUGGACCAGAACCUGUACCGCUUCCGCACCAGCAACCUGGAGCAGAUGGUGAAGAGUGCCCUGAAGCUCAAGCACCAGGACUCGAGCCUCUCGGCUGCCCUGGAGCAGGCAGAGGACUGGCUCUCCAGGCUGAGGGCCAUGGCAGAGGAGCCCCAGAACAGCCUCCCCGACAUCCUCAUCUGGAUGCUGCAGGGGGACAAGCGUGUGGCGUAUGCCCGUGUGCCUGCCCAUGAGGUCCUGUUCUCCAGGAACAUCUCCCAGUGCUGCGGCAGGAACUGUGGGAAGCUGCAGAGCAUCUUCCUUAAGUACCCCCAGGAGGAGGUGAUGGGCCCCAAGAUCCCAGCGCAGAUCCGGGUGCAGCUCUGGUUGGGGCUCUCAGUGGAUGAGAAGGAGUUCAACCAGUUUGCUGAGGGGAAGCUCUCUGUCUUUGCCGAAACCUAUGAGAACCAGACCAAGCUGGCGCUGGUGGGGAACUGGGGCACCACUGGCCUCACCUACCCCAAGUACUCCGAUGUCACCGGCAAGAUCAAGCUGCCCAAGGACAGCUUCCGGCCCUCCACAGGCUGGACCUGGGCUGGGGACUGGUUCAUCUGCCCGGAGAAGACGUUGCUGCAUGAUGUGGAUGCUGGGCACCUGAGCUUUGUGGAGGAGGUGUUUGAGAACCAGCUCCGGCUGCCUGGAGGCCAAUGGAUCCAUAUGACUGAUGCCUACACUGAUGUGAACGGGGAGAAGGUCCUGCAUAAGGAUGAGAUCGAAUGUCCUCCGGGCUGGAAAUGGGAAGAUGUGGAGUGGGACACGGACCUCAACAGAGCUGUGGAUGAGAAAGGCUGGGAAUACGGCAUCACCAUCCCUCCGGACCGCAAGCCCAAGGCCUGGGUGCCGGCAGAGAAGAUGUACCACACCAACCGGCGCCGGCGCUGGGUCCGGCUGCGCCGGCGGGACCUGGCACACAUGGAGACCAUGAGGAAGCACAAGCACGAGGAGCUGGAAGGAGAGGGAUGGGAAUACGCCUCACUCCUGGGCUGGCGCUUCCACCUCAAGCAGCGCCGCACUGAUGCCUUCCGGCGCCGGCGAUGGAGGCGCAGGAUGGAGCCCCUGGAGCGCACCGGGGCUGCUGCUGUCUUCGCCUUGGAGGGGGCACUGGGGGGAGUGACAGACGACAAGAGCGAUGAUGGCAAAUCCACCUCCACCCUCAGUUUUGGUGUCAACAGACCCACCAUUUCCUGCAUAUUUGACUGUGGGAACAGGUACCACCUCCGCUGCUACAUGUACCAGGCGCGGGACCUGAUCGCCAUGGACAAGGACAGCUUCUCAGAUCCUUAUGCCAUUGUCUCCUUCCUCCACCAAAGCCAGAAGACAGUGGUGAUCAAGAACACCUUGAACCCCACCUGGGACCAGACCCUCAUCUUCUAUGAGAUCGAGAUCUUCGGGGACCCCCAGAACGUGGCUGAGUCCCCUCCCAACAUCGUGGUGGAACUUUAUGACCAAGACACCUAUGGAGCAGAUGAGUUCAUGGGGCGCUGUGUUUGCCAGCCCAGCACAUCCCGCUCCCCACGCCUCUCCUGGUACCCAGUCCUCAAGGCGAACAGGAACGUUGGGGAGCUGCUGGCUGCCUUCGAGCUGAUCCACAGGGAGAAGCCGGCUGUGCAUCACAUCCCUGGCUUUGAGAAUGAGCUCUCCACCAUGGAUGAGUCUGAGGACUCGGACCUGCCGUACCCCCCACCCCAGCGAGAACCCAACAUCUACAUGGUCCCCCAAGGCAUCAAACCCGUCCUGCAGCGCACGGCUGUUGAGAUCCUGGCCUGGGGGCUGAGGAACCUCAAGAGCUACCAGUUGGCCAGUGUCACCUCACCCAGCCUGCUGGUGGAGUGCGGGGGCCAGUUCGUGCAGUCCUGUGUCAUCAAGAACAUCAAGAAGAACCCCAACUUCGAUGUCUCUGUGCUCUUCAUGGAGGUGCGCCUGCCCAAGGAGAGCCUCUACAGCCCCCCCAUCGUGGUGAAGAUCAUCGACAACCGCCCCUUUGGCCGCCGGCCCAUUGUGGGGCAAUGCAGCAUCCGUGCCCUGGGGGACUUCUACUGUGACCCCUACCAGGAGGACACCCACAGUCCCCAGGAGCACACAGAUGAUGUGAGCCUCACGCCCAGGGAUGACGUCCUCAUUGACAUCGAUGACAAAGAGCCUCUUAUUCCUGUCCAGCUUGCAGAAGGUCUGACCAGCUCAGCUUUAAUUAACACGCCAGCUUCUUGGGCCCAACCUCAUGAGGAAGAGUUCAUUGACUGGUGGAGUAAGUUCUAUGCUUCCACAGGAGAGAGGGAGAAAUGUGGCUGCUAUUUGGAGAAGGGCUUCGACACCCUUAAGGUCUAUGAGACGGAGCUGGAGAGCGUGGAGGACUUUGAGCAUCUCUCUGACUUCUGCCAUACCUUCAAGCUGUACCGGGGCCGCACACAGGACUCCAAUGAUGACCCCUCUGUGGUGGGGGAGUUCAAGGGCUCAUUCAGGAUCUACCCUCUCCCGGAUGAUCCACGGCUCCCGAUGCCCCCACGCCAGUUCCACCAGCUCCCGGCCAGGGGACCCCAGGAAUGCCUGGUCCGGGUCUACAUCAUCCGAGCCUUUGGUCUGCAGCCCAAGGACACCAAUGGGAAGUGUGAUCCCUAUGUGAAGAUUUCAGUGGGGAAGAAAUCCAUCAAUGACCAAGAAAAUUACCUGCCCUGUACUCUGGAGCCUGUCUUUGGGAAGAUGUUCGAGCUGAGCUGCACUCUGCCUAUGGAGAAGGACCUGAAGGUCACGCUCUAUGACUACGACCUCCUCUCAAAGGAUGAGAAGAUCGGGGAGACCAUCAUAGACCUGGAGAACCGCUUCCUGUCCAAAUAUGGGGCACGCUGUGGCCUCCCCCAAACCUACUGUGUCUCUGGACCCAACCAGUGGAGGGACCAGCUCCGUCCUUCCCAGCUGCUCCACCUCUUCUCCCUGCAGCACAACUACAAGGCUCCCACCUACAAGUGUGACCGGGUCAUCUUCAGGGAUCAGGAAUACAUCCUCUCGGAGCUGGAGGAUGGCAAAGCCCCAAACCCUCACCUGGGGCCGGUGGAGGAGCGGCUCGCACUGUAUGUGCUGCGCAAGCAGGGGCUGGUACCCGAGCACGUGGAGACCAGGCCUCUCUACAGCCCAUUGCAGCCGGAGAUAGAGCAGGGGAAGCUGCAGAUGUGGGUGGACCUGUUUCCCAAAUCCCUGGGUCAGCCUGGCCCCCCGUUCAACAUCACACCACGCAAAGCCAAGAGGUUCUACUUGCGCUGCAUCAUCUGGAACACCAAGGAUGUCAUCCUCGAUGACCUCAGCAUCACUGGGGAGAAGAUGAGUGACAUCUAUGUCAAAGGCUGGCUGGUUGGGCACGAGGAGAACAAGCAGAAGACAGAUGUGCACUACAGGUCAAUGGGAGGAGAGGGCAACUUCAACUGGAGGUUCAUCUUCCCCUUUGACUACCUCCCUGCUGAGCAGAUGUGUUACAUUGCCAAAAAGGAGCACUUCUGGAGCUUGGACAAGACAGAAAACAAGAUUCCACCACAGCUGAUCUUCCAGAUCUGGGACAAUGACAAGUUCUCUUUUGAUGACUAUCUGGGCUCCAUCCAGAUGGAUCUCAACAGGAUGCCCAAACCUGCCAAGACUGCUGAGAAGUGCUCCUUGGACCUGGUGGAUGACACUUGGCCUUCAAGCCGCUUUGUGUCACUCUUUGAGCAGAAGACAGUCAAGGGAUGGUGGCCUUGUGUUGCUGAGCAGGACCAGAAGAAGAUCCUAGCGGGCAAAUUGGAAAUGACUUUGGAAAUCGUGGCAGAACAGGAGCACGAGGAGCGGCCGGCUGGCAUGGGUCGGGAUGAGCCGAAUAUGAACCCCAAGCUGGAGGACCCCAAGCGCCCAGAAACCUCCUUCCUCUGGUUCACCUCCCCAUACAAGACCCUGAAGUACAUCCUAUGGCGGCGGUACAAGUGGGUGCUUAUCCUGGCCAUCGUGCUCCUUGUCUUGCUGCUCUUCCUGGGAAUCUUCAUCUAUGCCUUCCCGAACUAUGCUGCUAUGAAACUGGUGAAGCCUUUCAACUGAAGCUGUGCUGGGAAGAGCCUGGAAGGUCCAGUGCCUGCCUGAGGGUUUUGGAAGGUCUCCAUGGCUCUGCAUUGGAUCCUAUCUGCAGGUGGAGAUGGAGAAGGACCAGCUUCACUCAGGCCUUAAGCUGCUGCCCAAAUGAAGAUCCAGCUGAUGCUGAUGCAACACAAGGAAUCCCACCUCCAUCACCCACCUUGGAAGCGCAUCCCAACCAUACCUACUCUCACACACCUCUUGUUUUACUUCCUUGUCUGUGGUCUCUUUGGGGUUGUUUGUGGUGAAGCAGAACUGAAGAGGGUGGGGGACAAAAGGACCUUUUCACAUGCAGCCUGCAUGGAGCCACGUUACAGAGCUUAGAGGAGAUGUGGGCUGCAUGUGAAAGCCAAACCCUCUCAACGUCCGAGCACGCUUCCCUUUGCAUCCUCUUCUCCUUCCCUUUGCAUCCUCUUCUCCUUCCUGUGCACUCUGUAUUGCCUGGUUUAGGGAUGUGUAAAGUCUGUUGAAGACAAGAUGUGCUGCAUGGCCUGAAAGCCUGGGCUGCCACGUUGGCUUUCCAAAGGGAUAGCAAACACUGUGGAUACAGGGGCCUUGGAAAAGGCUGAGGCACAAAACCCAGGCAGGAGCUGGUGGGAAUUGCUUAGUGAGAACUCCCAUUGAAUUCUGUGCUCAGGAAGGACCUCACAGUCUGGCUCAUGGGGUUUGGAGCUUGUUUCCCUCUGAUCCCUCACCUCUGCUGGCAUCAUGGAAUCAUGGCAUGGUUUGUGUUGGAAGGGACCUUAAAUCCCAUCCAGCCCCAACCCCUGCCACGGGCAGGGACCCCUUCCACUGGAGCAGCUGCUCCAAGCCCCUGUGUCCAACCUGGCCUUGAGCACUGCCAGGGAUGGGGCAGCCACAGCUUCUCUGGGCAUCAGUGCCAGCGCCUCAGCACCCUCACAGGGAAGGAUUCCUUAAGGUCUUUGCCUCCCAUCCUUCAGCAGGAUGAGAGGAGUCUCCCUUGGUCUCAUUUACCCCCUGGAGCUGUUCCUGCUCAGUGUGAUGUGAGAGCAGGAGCAGUGGGAAGUGAUCCUCAGGGAUCACAGUUUCUCAGGACAAACUGUGCUAAUGCCAGUUCCUGCCCUGCUCCAGCAAGGCACUUAAGCCUGGGCUUAGUGGAAGGCAGGGAGAAAAGCCAGGCACACGCCUAAUUGCUUUGCUGGAUUGGGAUGUCCCGUGUUGCGCAUUAAAUCCCUCGUUCCUCAGUACUGUAACAGCACCACAGCCAUACCACAUCAUGGUGUCCUUGCCAUGGACAACAUGCAUCUAUGGAGCCCUGUCCUUGCUGCUGAGGCCUGGCUGAUCCAGCAUCCCUAUCCCAAGAGCUUGAGAGGUGCAGUUGGCUCUGGGCUUGCACACCCCAGGGUGGGUGUUCCCAUUGUUGUGCAGUUCCAUGCUUCAUUCCCAAGCUCAUUCCCAUCCAUUUAUUAACCACUAUCAAACUACCAGGUCUUGGUAGAGCUUUCCCUAAUGCUUUCCCCCUGAGGGCCUGAUGAGCUGAGGACAAAGGUUGCCUGUGUUGGCACCUUGGUGUGGUUGAUCCUGGCACCAAUCCC